UGUUGCUUAAUAAAUAAAAAAAUAAUUAGUGUCCGUCACAUUGUCUUCUUUGUCCUGUAUGUGGAAACUGUUAACGUGACCAUUUUUGAAAUAUAGUUACAUUUAAAAACAACAUCUUUUUCGCUAAUUGACGACGUUGAAUAAAUGUCCCCUUUUAGACCCUAUGAUUCACCAUGAUUUGCAAUAUUGGCUUUCAACUGAGAAAUGUGGUCUCUAAGUAGGCCUCUGAAACACUUUCAUACACUGCAAAUAUAUUUGAAAAAAAGUCUAUUUCAAAUGCUGGUGAAAUUUGGUCUAAACGAGAACGUUCAAUCCAUGUCGUCAAAACCUUCACUUUUGAGCCGAUUUUGAACUCUCACAGAGCUUUACAUCAACGUGAGUGACGGGUUGAGAUCAAAUUGCGUGUUUCUCAUGCUAUUCAUUGAUCUCAACCUCCCUUAACUUUAAUCUAUUUUAUUAGUUAUGAUUCAUUUAACACUUGAACAGCCCACUCUUUGCACUGUUCCUCCGUGUAGCAUCUUUAUUUCGUGUGUGCUGGAGGGAUCACGUACAAUGAGAUUCAUCUUCUCUCCCAUAUAUCACAAGAGCUCCUUUGUAGCCCGGGGUCAGAUGUAGAUCCUCCGCACGCCGAAUCGUCUCCGCUCUGCUCUCCUGCCUGUGGCGCGCUGCACGUACGUACGCGUGUGCAUGUGCGGUGGGUUUAGAGACAGAACGAGCAAGACGGACUUACUGGAGAUUCAAAACUCUGUUUCCCGGGAUUGAUCGUUGCCAAUAAACCACCUCACACAGAGGGUCUGGGAACACACAGGGGUGCCGUGAUAGAAAAAUCUUUAGCGCUGUCAUAUCUCUCAAUCCCAAAUCCCUCAGUCCCAUCUGCAUCACUAACUUCUAACCUCAUUUGUUGCCUUUAUUCUCCGCCGAGGCGAUUGCCCUGGCUGCACCGUGCCCUCCUGUUAUUACCUGCAACACCUUUGCUGCUAGCUGAGCUAACCAAGCAGCAUCAACUGCUUCCUAAUUUACAACUCCGCCCUGCCCAUGAAGCGUGUGUGAGUGUUGGUUUGGUCGCUCCAGUCCCCUAAAGGCUUGUACGGUUAUUUUUUGGAGCAUGCAAAAGCUGAGACCGUCUGAAGCUCGUAGGCCCUUUCCAAUUGUUGACAGAGUGUCUACUAUUCCCGCUGUGAGUCUCGGCAUGGGAGGAGUUUUAAGCCAGGGAGAGAAAAAAGGACUUGCAAAUCAAAUUGCUUUAAUCUAUUGAAGCAUCUGUCCUCGUUCUCCAGAGGGCGCCGGGGUGUGCGGCAGAGAAUUCACUGAGCCCCGAUCCCGACUGGAAAAGAAAAACAAAACCUGUCGCUGAGGAAUUGUAUGAUGUGCCUUGGUCAGCCAGCUGUGCAGUACAUGUUGGCUACGGAUGGCAGAACUGUCAAAUUGAAAGGUUUUUUUUUUUUUUCUUCUCUCCCUUCUUUUCUCAAGUGUCAGAGAUAGUAUGAAGCUUGAUCAAAGUUUUUGCAUUAUCUGCAGUCAUUAAUGCUCUCGCAUUCGGAUUUUUCACCCAUCGUCGUGCAGCUUUAAAAUUGUUCUGGAAGAAGAGACAAAACAUUUCAGCAUCCCGAAACUGUCACUCCGUCGGCAAGUUUUGCCCCUGAUGGGUUCACUCUGUGAUUGCAGUUUUUUGUCAUAUUCAAACAGAAUGGCUCAUGAUGUCGACUCGAUUUCUUUUCCCCUCACCCACGGAGUAAAUGUCUUUGGUUUUGCGCUGUUUGUGAUUAAUGGGACAUCAAAAGCCGAUGUGAGCUCUGUGUGAUACAUUCCUGAGGAUAUGAGUCUGCUAGGGACACAUAAACAUCAUUAAUGAACAAGAGGCAGACUGGAGAGAGAUAGAGUGACAGGAAAAGUGCGAAAAGAAGCAAACAGGAAGGCGAUAGUUAUUUUUGUCAGUAAUAUGACAUAUACCUGUGGUUUUGAUGAUGAUUGCCUUAGUGAGUGAUGGAGACACACUUUGCACCCAGGGAUCUGCUGUGAUUACCUAACAUCAGUUUGGUGCAAAGGGACAAAUGGAUGGCAGCACUUUUCUUUUUUCUAAAUCCAUUUGGAACAUCACAUCCCCCCCCCAUGGCUCUUUCAUGCCCAGUGGCAAAAAAAAUCGGAAGUGUACAAAGGAAACUUCUCCACUCAUCUAUAUGAAGACAGCUAUAUUUAUCGUGGUAUGUAGCUCUCUGCUAGGCUUACAGGCUUAAUUACCCAGAAGAGAGGAAAGCAAAAAUGAAAUGCAAUAUGCAAGUGUGCACAGGCUAUCUGGAACAGUGGAGCUGUAUACGGGGAAAUCACUGCUCACAUUUUUGCAGUAAAGGCCUGACCUUUGUGUUUUUAUGCAGAACAAAUCGGCUGAUUGUAUGGGAAACAAAUGCUGAACCAGUUUAUAAAUUCCCCAAAUGUGAGCAAAGAAACAGAGAGACAUGUGCACUCAAUGAAUCAUUUUUUACAUUAUGGUAAAUUAUUUUAUCUACCUAAUAAAAUCCAACUAAAACUUGGCUUAGCUUAGCAUAAAAACUGUAAACCUGGGACAACAGCUAUCAUGGCUUCCUGACAAUUUUGCUACCAAGACCUGUAAGGCUCACCAAUCAACAUGAUAUGAUUUUUUUUUUUAACUGAGCUGUGAAGGUUUGACUUUGUCACUUAUGGAAAGAGUGAAUUUCCUUCUGUAUGCUUAGCCAAGUUACAGAAAGGAGAGUGUUUUCCUUUUUCAACAACUUCACUAGAAAACUCUGUCAAACAAAUUGUUGGACAGUUGUUCAUAUUCUUAACUGGCAAGGGAAACCUCAAAGGGAAAAGUUAAUGUGACAUACUUUCUCCUGUUUUGGUGCCCUUGAGCAAGAAUUGCUCCAGAAAAGAGGACGGCUGCAAACGUAAAGAAGAAGGCGCCGCACAUGUAUGAAGCUGAGAAAAAAGCGUCAAAAUGAAAUCUCAUUAUGUGUGUCUCUGUGCCUCCCUGUCGGCGCCAGCGCGAAGGAUGUAGAGCCGGAGGGGGGGGCGGGAUGGAGUGUUCCUGGAAGACGGUGCUGCUGCUGGUGUGUGCGUCUCUUGGGGUCCAGUACACGGCCAUCCGCACCCUGAGGGACUCUCUGUCUGGGCCCUGUCAGGGAACCUACCGCUGCCGGACCAGACACCACAGAGACUCCAGGUGGAGAGCCUUGUGCGACGACAGCUGGAUGCCCGGCGAUUCGCCUCGGAGGCACAUCCUGCUGUUUGCCACCACGCGCAGCGGCUCCUCCUUCACCGGGCAGCUCCUCAACCAGCACCCGGGGAUCUUCUACGUGUUUGAACCCCUCUACCACGUCCAGCAGGCAUUCACCAACUCCAGCAGCAGGUUGCGUCGCACGCUGGACCGUCGGGCCCUUCUGGGGGCCUACAGGGACCUCCUCCUCAAUCUGUACACCUGUGACCUUCACUUCAUGGAGAACUACAUCCGCCCCGAGCCCCAGGACCACGUCACCAACUCCUUUUUCCGCCGAAGCUCCAGCCGCGCACUCUGUUCCCCUCCCGUGUGCUUGAGCGGCGGGGGGGACGCAGCGGGCUCGGCCACGCCCGAUGAAACCUGGUGCCCCAAGAAGUGUGGGGCCCUGAACCUCUCCCUGGCCUCCGUGUCGUGUCUGUCAAGGGAACACGUAGCCAUCAAGACCGUGCGGGUGCCUGAGGUGGGGGACCUGCGCACCUUGACAGAGGAUCCGCGCCUGGACCUGAGGAUUGUCCACCUGGUGAGGGACCCUCGAGCCGUCCUCGCCUCGCGCAUGAUGGCCUUCUCCGAUCAAUUCCGCGCUUGGAAAGUGUGGAACGCCACGGGACGGCAGCCUCGAUACGUGGACCUGACGCAGAUCACCAGUACCUGCAAAGACAUGGCGGCCUCUGCAGAGACGGGGCUGCAGAGGCCUGCGUGGCUGCGGGGGCGCUACCUCCUAGUGCGAUACGAGGACCUGGCGUUCAAUCCGAAGGACAAGGCCGGCGAGAUCUACAAGUUCGUGGGGCUCCGGAUGGAGGACAGGGUGCGAACGUGGAUCGCACACAACACCAGGAGCAACGCGUCGUCCCCGUCGGAGUGGAACUACAGGUACUCCACCGCCAGAGACUCCAGAGCGACGGCGGAGAGCUGGAGGCUCCGGCUGGGCUUCGACAUCGUGAGGACUGUGCAGAAUCUGUGCAACGGCACUCUGGCACUGCUGGGGUACAAGCAGGUCCACUCUGCGGCGGAACUCAGGAACCUGACUCACAGUUUAGUGGAACCCAGGACCUUUCAACCCACACGGUAGAUCACAUUUGGUCUAUUACAGCUGGCUAUGUCACGAUGCUGAUGCAAAUGAAUGUCAUUUAUCUAAUCAUUCUGGAAGUAAGUUAAAGUCACUUUUUAUGGUUUUGUUUUCAAAAGUGCCAAAUGUCAAGUUAUUGAUGUAGAAUAAAACCUCUACUGCUGUAUGUGUUGAUUGAAAACACUUUUCGACUGGCUCAGCAAAACACUGAAUCAUGACGUGAUGGAGAGAUUACGCUGUUUUUUUAUGUUAUAUACAUAUCUAUAUAGAUAUAUAUCUCCUCAGCAGCACACAGAUACAGUUUCAUCUUAGAAUGUUGAGAAUACGAGAUCACUUGUUCACUUUUGGUGCAAAUGUUAUGACAGGAUGUGUUUGAACAUUUCUUUGUCAGUGUAAAUCUACAGUUUGUAUUUUCUAGACUUUUUAAAAUAAAUCAUUCAUGUGUAGGGAAACAGAAUGGUGCUUUUUAUUUGUGUGAAUCCCUCUGUAUUUGGCUUGUCUUUCAUUCAAAUUUCAAUGCGGUUCUGUGCAAACAAAUGUGUUUCUGACUCUAAAGAAAACAUGCCGCUCCCACGUUAAUUAAUUUUGACCCUGAAAAGAAUAAUACCUGAAUCAUUCAGCCGGGCCAGCUGUUUGCAGUGGAGUACAUUUAGAGAUUAGACAGUUG